GGCAAGAAGCUCGUCCUCCGGAACACCAACAGCAGCUCUGGCAGCGACGACCUCGGCGGCCACCGCGUGGAGAGGCUGUCGAGGGAGGAGGAGUACGCGCUGAAGAUCAUGCGGGAGGAGACCGAGAAGAAGGAGCGGGCGGCGCGCGACAUGUUCUCCCACGCCGAGCGGAGCAGGCAGUCCGUGUUCUUCGCCAACAACGAAGGCGUAGUAAACGAGUGGAGGCGCGCCGCCUUCAAGAUCGUCGCGAAUCCCAAGUUCGACUUCGCGCUCGGCAUCAUCAUAGUAUCCAACGCCGUCACGAUUGGCCUGGAGAGCACCUUCAGCCGAAGAGGCGAGCCCCUCCCGCUCUGGCUCCACCUCUGCGAGUACAGCGUCCUCGUCAUAUACAUCUGCGAGCUGGUCUUCCGCCUGUACGCCCUCGGGCCGUCGGAGGCGUUCAAGAGCAACUGGAUUCGCUUCGACGCCGUGCUAGUCGCUUCAGGUGUCAUGAACUUGCUCAUCCACCUGUCAGCGGCGCAGGGG